UAGUGCAACAACACAUAAUCAAUCCAGAUAGUCUGAAUCUCUCACUUUCAUCAUGCCAACUUCAACUUCAACUCAAAAUAUGUACACCACCACCACCUCAGCUCCUCCACCAACACCAUCAACACAACCCAACCCCCACCACCACCUCAACUCCACCUCCGCCACCAUGGACGCCCUCUCCCGCCUCCUCCACCGUCUCCCUCCCACUCUCUCUCUCCCCACUCGCCGCACCAGCGCCACCUCAUCUCUGGCCACCCCAACUCCAACUUCCCCUCCUCCCAUUUCCCUCUCCGAACACUCCUCCUCCGUCCACGACCGUCUUCUCUCCGCUUCUUCUCAACAUGGCUUCUUCCAACUCGACAAACAUAGCAUCCCUCCUCAUGUAGCUAACUCAGCUGAGUCAGACUCACUCUCUCUUUUCAAACUCAGUAAAGAUAAAAAACAAUCUUAUUUUCCGAAAAACUGGCCGUUUGGAUUCGACGACAAUGAUGAGGAUGCAAACGGCGAGUCGUUUUGGCUCGACGGUGAACUUUCAGGUUCUACUGAGUUAACAACUGAGUUGAGUUUAUCUUCUUUACGUGAGUUGACUCGGGGCUUAGAGAAAGUCGGGUUAGAGUUGGUUGAAAUGCUUUCGUGUGCUGUUGGGUUUGAGAACCCGUUUAAGGAGAAUCCGACCCGGGUUUGUUCCAUGAUGUUGGUGAAUGAAGGAUUGGCUGAGGAGGAUAAACCUGAGAGUAUUUCGGGUGGGUGUUAUCCGUGUAUUAUUGGGUUACAGUAUGUGAUUCGGAGCCUGAAAUAUUGGCUGUUGACGGAUUCGGGUUGGGUUGCUGUGUUGCCGGAAGUGGACUCGGUAUUGGUUACUAUAGGAGAUAUUGCUCAAGUGUGGAGCAAUGGGAAAUUGAAGAAAGUAAGAGGAAGAUCAGUGCCAUGUAUAGGAGAUAACAAAAAUUCAAAUUGCAUAUCAAUGACAUUACUCUUAACUCUUCCUACUGAAACUAUUGUCUCACCCCUUCUUCCUAAACCCGACACCGAUGACGAUGAAGUCGACAACGACAAAGUUACCGAAGACGAAGAACAAAAUGGCAACAUUAAUAUUAUACAGAAAGAAAAGAGAUUAUUUAGUUCAUUUUCAUUUGAGGAUUAUGCUUGGAGAGUUUAUCAUGAACCUCUCAUCUUCAAGGAUCCACUUGAUAUAUACAAAAUAUCUACAUAGAUUUUUCACUUUCUUACAUUUCAUUUUUUUUUAGGUUGCUUGGUGAUUUCUUUCUUUAAUUUUUGUUCUUAUUGAGAGCUGUAUUUUCAUUUCUGGAUUGUAUUUUAAGUGAGAUAGCACACAUAUUCAAUCAUGUUUUUUAUGAGAAACAUUUUAUUUCGGUAUCUGAACUUGUACGUCAUGGUCAAUAAUUCACAAUUAGUCA